UGAGAGGCGGUAGCGGCGGCGGUGGCGGCAGAGGCGGCGGUAGCGGCGGCAGCUGUGAAGGGGUUCCGGGAAGAUGGUGCUGAUUAAGGAAUUCCGUGUGGUUUUGCCAUGUUCUGUUCAGGAGUAUCAGGUUGGGCAGCUGUACUCUGUUGCAGAAGCUAGUAAGAAUGAGACUGGUGGUGGAGAAGGAAUUGAAGUCUUAAAGAAUGAACCUUAUGAGAAGGAUGGAGAAAAGGGACAGUAUACACACAAAAUAUAUCACCUGAAAAGCAAAGUUCCCACCUUCGUGAGGAUGAUUGCUCCUGAGGGCUCCUUGGUGUUUCACGAGAAAGCCUGGAACGCCUACCCCUACUGCAGGACAAUUGUAACGAAUGAAUAUAUGAAAGAUGAUUUCUUCAUUAAAAUUGAGACAUGGCACAAACCAGACUUGGGAACAUCAGACAACGUACACAGUUUGGAUCCAAACACAUGGAAAACUGUCGAAAUUGUCCACAUAGAUAUUGCAGAUCGAAGUCAAGUUGAACCAGCAGACUAUAAAACUGAUGAAGACCCAGCAUUAUUCCAGUCAGUCAAGACCAAGAGAGGCCCUCUGGGACCCAACUGGAAGAAGGAGCUGGCAGACGACACUGACUGCCCUCGGAUGUGUGCCUACAAGCUAGUGACCAUCAAGUUCAAGUGGUGGGGCUUGCAGAGCAAAGUGGAGAACUUCAUUCAGAAGCAAGAAAAAAGGAUAUUUACAAACUUUCAUCGCCAGCUUUUUUGUUGGAUCGACAAGUGGAUUGAUCUGACAAUGGAGGAUAUUAGGAGAAUGGAAGACGAGACUCAGAAAGAACUAGAAACAAUGCGUAAGAAGGGUACCGUCCGAGGCACGUCGGCUGCUGAUGUCUAGAUGAGUCCCCUGUAGGGUCAGAGACAAUAUCACACUGUUUACGUAAUCAAGGUCAAGUGAGGGGAACCAGUGCAGCCAGUGACGAGUGAAGAUGAAUCUGACCAGUGUCUUGCAGUGUUGAAGUUUCCAACGUGUGCUUGUGGAAACGCACACACACGCACAGGUUCCCAGCCACAUGUGUCUGUGUGUGUGUGUGUGUGUGUCUGUGGCUGUAUAUAGAACGCAUGUAGAGCUGCAGACCCGGAUGCACACGUGUGUGUGUGUGUAUAUAUGUACAUACAAACAUCCUGAAGGGAUUAGUACACUUUCUCCAACGUACUGUAUCUAUCUUCAGCAAGAAUGCAAAAGAAAAUAUUUUCAGUAUAUAUACCUGGAACAGAUUUUAAUAAUUAUCAGAGUAAAACCAUUAAUGGACAAAUUGACUGCGAUGUGAUACGAGCUGGUAUGUUUCAUAAAUGUCAAGCUGUGGACCAACAUAUAUAGCCUUUUGUUAUUUUUCUGUUCUUUUAAAUCAGUCUCUUAUAAAUUUUUAUUUUAGUCCCAUAAGCAGCAGACUCCCACAGAGAGAUUCCUUCAAAACUUUUUGGUACUCCCAUGAAUCUGGAAUGUCAACUCUGAAUGUAUUUAUAACUAUUUAUUUCUGGAUGGUCAUUAUCUUCCAGCCAAAUUUGAUGAUAUCUAUUAAAUAAGGAGUAAAGUUACAGGCCAGUUUUUACUAGUUUGAGGGGAAAAUCCUUUUAAAAAAUUUUUUCUGGUUUUUAUUGGAGUUUUGUAUUUUAAAUUUCAAGUAUUUUUCUACAUCAAACCUAGAAAAAUGAAGAUGACAAUUUGUGAUUUAUAGUAAACACUAGAACAUUUUCAGGCUCGAUAAAGAAGUCAGUCUGAACGGUAUCGGAGGCCGCAUAGAAAGGCUGGGUGCCAGCGCCUCCCAGGGUCUCAUUUCUGAAGCGGCCCUUUUCUGGGGUUAAUGCAGAGACCGCGCGGACGGUCCAGAAGCCUCGCGGCCGGGCCGGGCGGGGCCGGGUGACAGUGUGCUCUUUCUGUGUGGCAGUGCACUCGGAUGGGGGGCUGCCUUCGAGGUGGGAUGGUGCAGUGCCGCUCGGGGCCCUGGGGGGCUGGUGACCCCGACUUCUGGAUCUGCUCUCUAGUAGGACACCCAGUGACAUUCCCUGAGGAGGCAUCAGGAAAGUGCUGGUUAGACGUCACUGCCACUUUUUUUUUUUUUUUUUUAAAGAAGGAGCAGUGGCUGGUUAGAUCUUUAUCCGCUUUCUCUGUCUGGAUGCAGCUUUUCCCCUGUCAGGCCUGGAAGCUUGAGUGCAGUGAUAUCCUUGAGGCCUUCAGGCCACAAACUGUCGUCUGUAACCCCCUGCUCCUCCUAACCCCACCCCGGCCUGCCGUCAGAGCGCGGUAGUCAUCCGAUUUGCUGACAGUCCUGCCCUUGUUGCUCUGCGCUUUCCCACGUGUCCUGUGUCCCGACCCGAGUGCUGCCGCAUUGAGACCCUGGUACCUCAGAAGCACACCCCGCGUCUCAAACGUCCUCCGCGUACUCAGGAUACAGACCAUGUUUCCUCUCGGGGCUCUGAGGGUAAUGGGUCUGUCAGAGCGUGAUCGUCACCUGCAGAGCAUCGGGUGCGAGGAAGGCGAUGCUGAUUUGUGGAAUGGAGAGUCCAGGCCUCUCUCCUAACAAACCUAACUCUUGCUGGCAUCUGCAGUCUCGUUGGGAGCUUGGGCACACAUGGAAAUGAGAGCCCGGCACAUGGAUUUUAAUGUCUUUCUAACAACUGUGGAGAUUUGAGGGAAUGUGUGGUGAAUGUAAAAUACCUAGUUUACUUGGCAGUCUCUUGUGUAAAUUACAGUAAAACAAAGUAAAUGAAAUUUAAACAAAAAAUAAAUUUGAUCACAAAAUGCCA